AAACAUUUUCAGUAUCUCACGGCACUUCAAGCAGUGCAGUUGUCUAGUUUCUUAGUAGAUAGUGUGGAAAAAAAGAAUUUAAAGUCAAACGGAAUUAGUGUGAUUAUUCAUUAAAACAAAAUUUAAACGAAAUAUUAAUACCAGUGAUACAAUGGCUGAAAGUAAAGGUGCGUUAAUUGCCAAAACAGUGCAGAAACAUGCAGGCAGAGCAAAAGAGAAGUUUCUUCAAAAUUUGGGAAAAGUGGACAGAACAGCAGAUGAUAUUUUUGAUGAACAUCUUCAAAACUUUACAAGACAACAAAAUGCAGCAAAUAGACUUCAAAAAGAAUUCAAUAAUUACAUUAGGUGUGUUAGAGCUGUUCAAGCAGCUUCCAAGACUCUUAUGGACUCCCUAAAUGAAAUAUACGAGAGUCAAUGGACAGGACAUGAUUUACUCUACGUUCAGGCACAAAAUUUAGAUAUGUUAUGGCAGGAUUUUACUCAUAAACUUGCGGACCAAGUGCUAGUGCCUCUCAACACAUAUCAAAGCCAAUUUCCUGAAAUGAGAAAAAAAAUAGACAAGCGUGGACGAAAGUUGGUAGACUAUGAUGGCCAGAGGCAUAGCUUCCAAUCACUUCAGUGCAAUCCAAAGAAACGUGAUGAAAGUAAAGUGCUGAAAGCAAAAGAAUUACUGGAAGAAGCUAAACGGACUUAUGAACAACUUAACUCGGAACUUCAUGAUGAAUUGCCAGCUCUCUACGAUUCACGUGUACUUUUUCUGGUCACUAAUUUACAAACUCUUUUUGCCGCUGAACAAGUAUUUCAUGUGGAAAGUGCCAAGGUAUAUUCAGAGUUAGAAGCAAUAGUUGAUAAAUUAGCUAAUGAAAGUCAAAGAGGGUCAUACACGCUAAAAAAAGCUUCUGAACCUCAGAGUCCAAGAUCUCCUAAUGCUAAUUCAUCAUUGAUAAUAAAUACACAAUCGCCAGCACAGAACAGUAUUUCACCUGCUCUUGACGAAAAGAUAAGUGAAGCCAGAGAUUCAUCACCUACGUCUCAAUUAAACGGCAAUGCAAAUAGUAAUGCUAAUAGCAAUGAUAACUCAAGCAAUAACCAAGAUUUGACGUCGCAAAAUGCUGUACCACCUGCUAAAAGAGUUGAAGAAUUAUACGACAUACCUGUAGACGUGGAUUAUAUAAAUGGUACGAAUUUGUCUGUAGGAGCAACUACUGAAAACUUGCCUCCGGGUGUUUUAUACAGAGUUAAAGCGACAUACAAGUAUGGACGAGAAGAUGUGGAUGAAUUAUCAUUUGAUGUUGGUGAGAUCAUUCGAGUUGUUGAAUAUGAUGAUCCUGAAGAACAGGAAGAAGGUUGGCUUAUGGGUAUAAAAGAAGGAACUAAUGAAAAAGGAAUGUUUCCAGCAAACUUCACAAAGCCACUAUGAGCAUGAUGCUCAGUUUUAAUACGUAUACUAUAAUGCUCAUGGUAACUGCAUAUUUCACUAAAUACUAAACAUAAACAUGGAUUGCGCAUUUGUAAAAGAUAAUUGUAAGAAUUUCGUAAUAACAUAAAUUGAAAUUGGAAAACAAUCGAAAAUAAAAAUAAAUUCAUAGAAAA